CAACGGUCAUCUUCUUCCUCUCUCUCUCUCUAUCUCUAUCUCUCUCUCUAUCUCUAUCUCUCUCUCUCUCUGUGGGGACUGCCCAGUUAACAGUUCAUCAGAGCUGUCCGCCCUCCAGAAUCAUAGAAAAUCGAAGGAUCGACAGAAAAAGGGCACUCGCGUAAAUCUUCUAUCGGUUCUAUAACCGCCAUUCAAAAGAUCCUCAAAAAUGGAUUCCUCUCCAAUUUUUGAGCAAACCUUGACUCCGAGAAAGCCCGCUCAAUCUGAUGAAAAUGAUUGUGGCUCUGCUCAAAGGCGGCCCAACUCGAGUGAGGGGAAGAAGAAGAGAGUAUCUAAGAAGAAAAUUUUAGCAGAGAUAAAUGAGCUUCCUUCUCGUACUAUUGUGGAGUCAAGCCCCUCCAAACUCGAGGAAACUCUGUCGACAGGAUCAGAGUUGAACAAGCCAUCUCUGAGUCCUUAUGACCCCGUAACGAAUUAUCUUUCCCCCAGGCCCCAGUAUCUCCGGUACAAGCCCAACAGGCGCCGGGAGAUAUUCCUUCACCUCGAGAAAGAGAUCGAAUUGAGGAAAGACGCCUGCUGUGAUGAUGCCCAACAGGCCGAUUCCGAGGAUUCCAACUUGGCUGAUACUUGUGCCUCUUCAGCGGCUUCAAUCAUCCCGGAAGAUAUUAUGAAGCAAGAGAAUGAAGAAUGUGAUGACUAUGAUGAGGAAAUUGAAGAGGAGGAAGAGGAAGAAGAAGAUGGGAGUUCUACUGUGCAAGGGCUGUUGAAGUUCUUACUCUUGCUUGUUGUCUUGGUUCUUUCCAGCUCGUACGUGUGUAACAUGAACGCCUCCUCUGUGAGUACAUGGCCGAUCAAGGGCAUUGAAGUUGAAAAUGUGUACCGGAGCAAUCAGAAUUCUACUUUUGAGGGCGAUUUAUUGAAGAUCCUUGAUAAGGAAAGGAGCUUCUUGGAUCAUAAGGAUCGAUACAAUAAUGGUGUCAAUUUCUUGAUUGAAGAUGUGAGAACUACAUUGGUCAAGACAUGUGUGGAUGCUGAAGAAGUUACUUUAGGAGCAAAUGUAGCAGAGCCAAUCAGUGCAAAUGUAGCCAUGGCUGAAGCUGAAAGCAAGGGAGAACCUGUUGACUUGUGUGAGGCUUUGCAGCAGACGUGUACGGAAACUGGAUAUAUUCUGGAUCGAAUCAUCGACAGAUCUGAGUUAAAGAUGAGUGAAACAGGAGUAGCACCCACUCCUAGUGCUCUUGACACUGAGAAUCCGGAAGAAGGUGAGGUCUCAUCAAAGGAGAUAGAAGCUGGAAUGAUAGAGUUGCAGAUGGCUGAAAGGGAGAGAUCAAUCAAUGCUCUUAGCACUGAGAAUUUGGAAGAAGUCGGGGUCUCGUCAAUGGAGAUUGAAACUGAGAGAUCACCCCAUGCUCAAAGCACCGAGAAUUUGGAAGAAGUCAAGGUAGCAAUAAUGGAUACUGAAGCUGAAGUAGUGGGGGCACAGAGCGAAAUCGAGAUAGAGCAUAUUGCUUAUGCUGUCGCGGAGUUAUGGUCCGAUAAGGGAGUCCUGGUGGGGCUGAUUGAAAGCAACUGGAUUCUGAAAGCAGUAGUUGGUCUCACAAUCUCGUUCUUGCUUCUUGGUGUCCGCUUUCUUUGCAAGAAAAAAGUUGGGAGCCACCCUUCUCAAGGAAAGAUGUCUGAUCCCGACCCUUUGAUAGGAACCAAAUGCGAUGAGUUGCAAGUGAUUCGGGAUAAAAAUGAAGACAAGAGCUUGAAUAUGUGUGCUUCUUUUGCUAGUCCAAGGCCAUCAGUGAAGCGUCCGAUCAUAGAAGAGGAGGACAGCGUGUCCAUCCGUAGCCGAGCACCAACCAUUGAGUUGCUUGGGGAAUUUGUUGUUGCAGAAGUCAGCAGCUCUCUCAAGCGGAACGUUGUGAAAAGAACAAUUGAGUUUGAAGAGAGCACCCAUUCCGUCUCCAUCGAGAAGGGACACAGCUUCUUGGAGUCUUCUUCGAUGAGCUCAAGAAGAUUAAACACUACUUCCAAGAAAACUCCGGCACUGAAGGAGGAUGGAGCUGGAGAAGGAAAUAAGGCGGCAUCAUUCACAAGUUCAACUCCAGUGCGAAGGUCUAGUCGGAUUCGCAACCGAGCAGUGCAGUCUCCCUGAUUGCAGUCGUCAAGAAAUGAAGAUUGCAGAUGAAAACCCCAUUCGUCGUUCUCUCUCUAACCUGGGGAAUCACAGUGUUAGCUUGAUCUAGCUUAGUCCAGUAAUCUGAUCUGUGUCCAUUUUUAUUCCGUCUCUCUCUCGAGGACAUGAAAAUUCUGCUCUGCUCCAAUGCGUGUUCAAUCUCGAGUAUUAUCUAUUGUAAUUUAUCAAAUUUCAUGAACUCCAAUCCCAUUGUGGAAUUACUUUAUAUGCUUUUUGAAUUUUAAGUGCCAAGCACCGGUCUUCAUAAA